AUGUAAUCUAGUGGGUAGAAAUCUCAAAUUAUAAAACGAACAACCUUUCUGAACUCAUCUUCAGCCUUCAGUACAAAUAGUAGAACCAAUUCUAUCGUAUAGGACAACAAUUAAAAAAAGGAGUUAAGAAGGUAUCCAACAGAAUGGGCUGAAUAAAUAGACAAUAAAUCAGAUAAUCGAUUUCAUCAUACAAUCAUCAAUAAAAGCAAAGACGAGCACAAUCCAAGUUUGGCAUCUCCAAGCAAAAUAUUUGGAAUCUAAGAAGGCAAUAACCCAAGCAGAUUUCAUACGACCAAUGAGGAUCUUUUGUCCUCAUUCCGAAAGAAGAAUCAAUCACUUGGCAAUUUGGGAAGUUGGUAGUUCACCUCUCCACAGCCUCAGUCAUCCUUGAUCUCUAAAUCUAACACCAGCAAAACUAUAUCCAGGAGAGUGGAUCUGGCCGUUCCUCUGUCAGAACUAUUGGAGAUAUCAAGACAAUUAGAUUGUUCAUAAUAGGAGGAGAUCAGAUAAUUGUCACGAGGUUAUGUCAAUUAACUCUUCCAAUUAUCAUAAACUAUUGAAAGAGUACUUCGAAAUAUAAAGAGAUGAGAUUAUUGAUGGAUAUUUAUGUUAAGAUUAAUAGUAAUUAGUAUCUAUAAAA